ACGACGUCGAUGCGGAUGUGACGUCACGCGCGCGUGAGGAUGUGACGUCACGUUCCGCGCGCGUGUGACAUCGUGGGCGGGGUUAAGGUGCCGCCCCCCUUCGGAACCCGAUCGUCGAUCCCAGCAGCUGCGAUGGCAUCCGGAAUUAAGGUACACGAUGACUGCCUGAAGGUGUUCAACGAGAUGAAGGUGCGCAAGUCGUCCUCUGCAGACGACGUGAAGAAGAGAAAGAAGAUUGCUUUCUUCAAGAUAAGCGAAUGUGGAAAAUUCAUCGUCGUCGACGAGGAGAAACAGGUCCUGGUGGGCGACAUCGGCGACACUGUGGAUGAUCCCUUCAACACAUUCGUGAAGCUCCUGCCGGAAAAAGACUGCUGCUACGCCCUAUACGACAUCUCCUACGAGACGUGUGAGAGCAGGAAGGAGGAGCUCAUGUUCAUCUUCUGGGCACCUGAAAACGCUAACAUAAAGAAAAAAAUGGUGUACGCUUCCUCCACAAACAACCUGAGGGCAGCAUUCACAGGCGUCAAGCAUGUGUGGCAGGUGAAUGGACUGGAAGACAUCUCCCGCUCGGCCAUCAUUGACAAGUUGGGUGUCCAAGUGAAAUCCCUCGAGGGAAAGAAAGUGUGAGCUGGGUGCCAGCCGUCCCAGCUCCCCCCCCCCCCCCCCCCCCACUGUAAUCAACUUCUGCUUACGCCAUUUUUUUAUACACUACUAGAGGACUGUUCUCUCCUGACUUGGACAUUCCGGUAGGUGUUUUGGUGGCUGGCUCUAUGGGGACUUUUUGGGUGUCUUGCACAGGAAAAGGAAACACUGCACACUUUAUAUUUUCCCACAAGGCAAACAUUCCUUGCUGCUGCAUGUGCUUUGCUUCCGUGGUUUUUUAGGGUCAGUUGUAAAAUGUUUUUCGCGCCGGAGAUCGGUGAAUUGUAAUGGUCAAACACGUUGGAUCUUGUUUACUGUACCUGGAACAAUUAUUUUUUAAUUUCAUUAAAGCGCUUCUUUGGA